CAAAUACUAGGAUAAUGUCUUAUUUUAUUUCUAUGUCUACCUUGGUUACCAUGCACAUUGUUUCAUUGUACAUUGUAGACAUUUAAUAAGUGUUUAUUAAGUCAAUUUUUAAAUGUUAAGAGAAAAGUAAUAGUAUUGAGAAAAGGCUAUUUUAUGGAGAAAAUGCUGUUUUGUUGCUUUCUUUUAAGAUAGAGACAACUUAAGGAUGUUUAUAGGCAGAGAAAAAGGAGGGAGAAGAAGAAGAAGAAGAAGAAGAAGAAGAAGAAGAAGAAGAAGAAGAAGAAGAAGAAGAAGAAGAAGAAGAAGAAGAAGAGUAGUAGUAGGAGGAGGAGCAGAAGGAGGAGGAGGAAGAGGAGGAGGAAGAGAAAGGCAGAGACACCCAUACAGACUCAGUCUACAGAAGAGAAGAUGCACAAGGAAUAGGAUGCCAGUACUGAAGAGAUAUACCAUUGAAGAGGAGGAGACUGAGCUCUUAGAUCUCAGUCUCGUCAAGGAUGCCAGAUGUGGGAAACAUGCCAGAGCCCCAAAGGACCCAAAAUUACGUGAGCUCUUGGAUGUGGGGAACAUAGGACGCCUGGAACAUCGGAUGAUAACUGUGGUAUAUGGUCCGGACUUGGUCAACAUUUCCUAUUUGAACUUAGUAGCAUUUCAAGAAGAAGUAGCCAAGGAAUGGACAGAUGAGGUUUUCAGUCUGGCAACAAAUCUGCUGGCACAAAACAUGUCUAGGGAUGCAUUUCUGGAAAAAGCCUAUACCAAACUCAAGCUACAGGUCACUCCUGAAGGACGAAUUCCUCUCAAAAACAUCUAUCGCAUGUUUUCAGCAGACCGAAAACGAGUUGAAACUGCUUUAGAAGCUUGUAGUCUUCCAUCUUCAAGGAAUGAUUCAAUACCUCAGGAGGACUUCACUCCAGAAGUAUACAGAGUUUUCUUAAACAAUCUUUGCCCUCGACCCGAAAUCGAUAACAUCUUUUCUGAAUUUGGUGCCAAGAGUAGACCAUAUCUUACUGUUGAUCAAAUGAUGGAGUUUAUCAAUUUAAAGCAACGAGAUCCCCGACUCAAUGAAAUCCUUUAUCCACCCUUAAAACAGGAACAAGUCCAAGUGCUGAUUGAGAAGUAUGAACCUAACAAUUCCUUAGCAAAAAAAGGGCAGAUCUCAGUGGAUGGAUUCAUGCGCUAUCUGAGCGGAGAAGAAAAUGGAGUUGUUCCACCUGAGAAACUGGAUUUGAAUGAAGAUAUGUCUCAGCCACUCUCUCACUAUUUCAUUAAUUCUUCACACAACACCUACCUCACAGCUGGCCAGCUAGCUGGCAACUCUUCAGUAGAGAUGUAUCGUCAAGUACUCUUGUCCGGCUGUCGCUGUGUGGAGCUGGACUGCUGGAAGGGGCGAACAGCAGAAGAAGAGCCUGUCAUUACCCAUGGUUUCACCAUGACAACGGAAAUCUCUUUUAAGGAGGUGAUAGAAGCUAUUGCUGAGUGUGCAUUUAAAACAUCGCCAUACCCGAUCCUCCUUUCUUUUGAAAACCAUGUGGAUUCUCCUAAACAGCAAGCCAAGAUGGCAGAAUAUUGCAGACUAAUAUUUGGAGAUGCACUGCUUAUGGAGCCAUUAGAAAAAUACCCACUUGAAUCUGGAGUUCCUCUUCCAAGCCCUAUGGAUUUGAUGUAUAAAAUUUUGGUAAAAAACAAAAAGAAAUCACACAAGUCUUCAGAAGGGAGUGCCAAAAAGAAACUAGCUGAGCAGGCAUCCAAUACUUACAGUGACUCGUCCAGUGUGUUUGAACCUUCAUCUCCUGGAGCAGGAGAAGCAGAUAUAGAGAGUGAUGACGAUGACGACGAUGAUGAUGACUGUAAAAAGUCUUCAAUGGAUGAGGGCACUGCUGGUAGUGAAGCCAUGGCCACAGAAGAAAUGUCUAACCUGGUAAACUAUAUACAGCCAGUGAAAUUUGAGUCAUUUGAGACAUCAAAAAAAAGAAACAAAAGUUUUGAAAUGUCUUCUUUUGUGGAAACCAAAGGGCUUGAGCAACUAACAAAGUCUCCGGUAGAAUUCGUAGAAUAUAACAAAAUGCAGCUUAGCAGGAUUUAUCCAAAGGGAACACGUGUGGAUUCUUCAAAUUACAUGCCCCAAGUCUUCUGGAAUGCUGGUUGUCAAAUGGUGGCUCUUAACUUCCAAACAGUAGACUUGGCUAUGCAAUUGAACUUGGGAAUGUAUGAAUACAAUGGGAAAAGUGGUUACAGACUAAAGCCAGAAUUUAUGAGACGACCAGACAAGCAUUUUGAUCCAUUUACUGAAGGUAUCGUGGAUGGUAUAGUAGCGAAUACUUUAUCUGUUAAGAUCAUUUCAGGUCAGUUUCUUUCUGACAAAAAAGUUGGGACUUAUGUAGAAAUAGAUAUGUUUGGCUUACCUGUGGACACCAGGAGAAAAGCCUUUAAAACCAAGACUUCUCAAGGCAAUGCUGUAAAUCCAGUCUGGGAAGAAGAACCCAUAGUGUUCAAAAAGGUGGUCCUGCCUUCUCUGGCAUGUUUAAGGAUAGCAGCAUAUGAAGAAGGAGGUAAAUUUAUUGGUCACCGGAUAUUGCCUGUACAAGCAAUUCGACCAGGCUAUCACUACAUUUGUCUGAGGAAUGAAAGGAAUCAACCUUUGAUGCUUCCAGCAGUCUUUGUCUACAUAGAAGUGAAAGACUAUGUGCCAGAUACUUAUGCCGAUGUAAUCGAAGCAUUGUCAAAUCCCAUUCGAUAUGUGAAUCUGAUGGAGCAAAGAGCUAAGCAGCUGGCAGCACUGACCUUAGAAGAUGAAGAAGAAGUAAAGAAAGAGGCUGAUCUUGGGGAAACACCGACAGAGUCUAAGAGUGAACCCAGACCAGCACCGGCAGAGAAUGGAGUUAAUCACACUACAUCACUGGCCCCAAAACCACCAUCUCAGGUUGUCCACAGUCAACCAGCCCCAGGCUCAGUAAAAGCACCCGCAAAAACUGAAGAUCUUAUUCAGAGUGUUCUAACAGAUGUGGAAGCCCAGACAAUUGAGGAGUUGAAGCAGCAGAAGUCUUUUGUGAAACUUCAGAAGAAGCAUUACAAAGAAAUGAAGGACCUUGUGAAGAGACACCACAAAAAAACCACUGACCUCAUCAAAGAGCACACCACAAAGUACAAUGAGAUCCAAAAUGAUUACUUGCGAAGGAGGGCUGCCCUAGAAAAAAACGCAAAAAGGGACAGCAAAAAGAAAUCUGAACCCAGCAGCCCAGAUCAUGGUUCUUCAACAAUGGAGCAGGACCUUGCUGCCCUGGAUGCAGAAAUGACUCAGAAGCUGGUAGAAUUAAAGGACAAGCAACAGCAACAGCUGCUAAAUCUGAGGCAGGAACAGUAUUAUAGUGAAAAAUAUCAGAAACGAGAACACAUCAAGUUGCUUAUUCAGAAGUUGACAGAUGUUGCAGAAGAAUGCCAGAGCAAUCAGUUAAAGAAACUGAAAGAAAUUUGCGAGAAAGAAAAGAAAGAAUUGAAGAAGAAAAUGGAUAAAAAAAGACAGGAGAAGAUAACAGAAGCAAAGUCUAAAGACAAGAGUCAAAUGGAAGAGGAGAAGACUGAAAUGAUCCGGUCAUACAUCCAAGAAGUGGUGCAGUACAUAAAGAGACUAGAAGAUGCACAAAGCAAAAGGCAGGAGAAACUUUUAGAGAAACACAAGGAGAUCCGUCAACAGAUACUGGAUGAAAAACCAAAGAUGCAGGUGGAACUUGACCAGGAAUAUCAAGACAAAUUCAAAAGGCUCCCCCUGGAAAUUCUGGAGUUUGUACAGGAAGCCAUGAAAGGAAAGAUCAGUGAAGAUGGCAAUCACAGUUCUGUCUCUUCUUCCCUCACCUCAGAUAGCAGCAAAAUGAACCACAGAUCUCCCCCAAAUGAGGAAGAACUGGAAGAAGACAAUGCAGAAAGAGUGUUUGAUACACCCCUGUAACUGUGCCCCCCACAAUCCACAAGCAGGAGCCACAUCUUCACAGAGCUUUGUCUCUCCCCCCUUCCCCUUAUUGUGAGUGUGGAGCAGCUGUUGCUAUCAAGAGGCGUUGCUUAAUGCAAUGCAUAUCUCUUGAAGGAGUCUUUUUGGCAAAGUGACCUGCAGAGGUCUUCAUUCUCACUCACUUCAGUUAAUCAUGAUGAAACAUACUGUAAGUCUAUUGAGGAAGAUAAUGUGUAUACCGUACAGAUAUAGAUAUAGAAUUUUACUUUCUUUUUACUAAGUCAGAAUGGCCCACAUGCAUCUUUGGGAAUAUUUAAUGAACAAAACUAUUUGCUGGGUUUUGUUUGAAUGUGGAGUGACGUGUUCCAAACCAAUGCUGAGGGUGACAGAAAUGUGCAAUGCUAUUUAAUACCAUGUAACAGCCAUAUUUGAGCUCUUCAUUCUAACUGCCUAUCAACAGCCAUAUCAUCAAUUUAAUAUUUGCAUUAAGUUGUUUUAUUGUCUUUGCUUUGCAAGCACUGGGGGCUUGCUGUAUGGAUAUUAUGUUUAUCAUAGAGAUAAAAUUAUAUUUGCUGCUGAAACUUUCUUCACAAGGAACAGUGAUGAUUUUUUAAAGUAUUUUUUUUUCUUUAAACAAAAAAAGGCUUAACUAACUUAUAUCCGGAUGUAGCCAGACCCAUGGCCUAAAACAGUAAAAACAUAUCAGUAUAGUUUGUCAGGGUCUAUUUUAGGUGAAUAUAGGUUCGAUCAUUUGGAGUCACAGGCCAUUUACAGCUGUAGGACUAAAUGUAUUGAUCAAACAUUUGGCAGAUAAUUGGCAUGUGAAUCAAAAGAGUAGAGUCACCUUGAGUAUGUAGAUACAGCCAUAGUGAACAGACUGUAGUGAGUCGUAUUGAGUAUAGACUAAUUCUAACAUUCUAUGGUCCUUUUAUUUUGGGGGUAUAGAGAUAAAGAUUGAAUAUUUAUCUAGGGAAUACACACAGACCCAUAUAUAAAAAAUAUAUAAAUAUAUCUUGUAUCCAUACAAAUGUAUACACACAGAACAACGUGUGUAUCUAUACACAUUCUUAUAUAUGUGGGUAUAUUUAUUAUUUGGCAGUGAACCCAAUCUCAUGUAUAAUAAAUUAAAUGAAAUUCAGGUUUAAGCGGGUAGGGAAAGUUAAGUUUCUAAUAUCUAAAUUAUGUAGAUAUUAAAUUAUAUUAAAAUAUUAAGAAAAUAAUUUUUUGGCACUGGUUGUGUAAGACAAAGUUUUGUUAGAACAUAGAAUAUACACACAAACAUAUUGUGCAGGCUCUAAAUAAUUGGUUUUAAGCAUCAGUUUUUAAGGGUCUAUCUACUUGUUUACAGUAGAUAGAACUGAACAGAAAAGAGAAUGACACUAUUGGAAAUGUUUUAUUUUCCACCACUAUAUUUUACCCUAACCAAAAUUCAAUUUUACUAAGGUUUGAAACCAAAGCCCGUCCAUUGAAUGCUUUGCAUAUAUAUUAAAUCCUUUGAACCCCAUUUUAAUGUAGUUAAAGAUUAAGAAUCACUUGUAUUUACAUAUUGUUAGACUACAAAAAGCAAAUCAACCAUAUGGUAAAAACCGAUCAAAUUAUGAUAUUUGAAAGUUUUAUGUGGGUCAAGAUGUUUUUAAAUGAAAAACCGUACCUUUUAGAUAUCAACAUAAGAACUUUUGUUGUUGUUCUAGACCUAUAAUUUCAUUGGUAUGAGGGAAUUCCUGGUAGGAAAAUGCCCUCCACUGAUCAGCAGUUUUUUAGUAAUUUAUAAUAUUCUAGGCACUGAGAGGUUAGGUGACUUGCCCAGGUUUACACAGCUAUUAUAUAUAAGAGGCAAGGCUUGAACUCAGGUCUUUCUGCCUCCAAGGCCAGAGCUCAAGUCAAUACACCAUACUGCCAUUCCAUAAAAAUAAGACUUAGCUUAAAACCUAUAGGAGAUAUUCCCAUUAUGUUUUCUUGAAAUUAAAAGAAGUAUCUUUGACAGGAGCAAAGCAAUUUAAUACCCAGAAAACUUUUAUGCUCCUUAACUUGUAUUCUUUAAGGAGUUUACUAUUUCUGUGUACCUUAUAUUAUUUAAAUUUAAGCAAUAACUACAGGUCAGUCUUCUGUUUCAAUCAAGAUCAAGCUUAGGUUCAAACCUUAAAAAUCCUUUAAAAAAAACAACUUUAAUAAGAUAGGGGGGAGUCACCUGAUCUUUUGAGAUGAUUGUAUUUUGAACUAAAUUACUCAGACUCAUUGAAUAAAACUUCCACUUCCACUUAGGAAAAGGGAAAUCCUUUCUAAAUCUUUCUACUAUGGCACUUUGAAAAUAAAGACAGCAAUCAUAAAGGACCUAUAAUGGUCUCCACUGAAUGCUCCAUUUUAUAACAGAAUUCCAGAUUACCUGAGUGAUAGAUAAACUAAUAAGGAUAUUCAUAACUCCACAGCAUUGUAAUGAGUACAGUAGAUAGUACUGAAUUUUAGUCUGGAAAUAGACUAAGGCUGAGUAAUUUUUGAUUUAUACAAAAACAGUUCAGUUAUACAAAACAAUUCAGUUAGUUGGUUUUCCAUAUCUUAACCACUGUAGCUAUUUUGCAAUAUGUUUGUAUUUGACCAUUUACUGUAAUCACAUUUUUUAUAUCUGUACAGUGAUACUUUUUGCAGUUGUAGGGUAGUGUGUAACACUGUAUAUCUUGCAUUGUUGAAACUAUAACAGUGAUACAAAUAUCAUUUAAUAAUAUUAAUAUUACUUGAACUAGACUAAGAUGAAGAAAAAGGGGUCUUUAUGAUGUGCGGUCUUGUGCCUUUAUGUAUUUGCCUUGUUUUGUGUUGAAUGUAUGAAAUUCUGUACUGUGGAUGUAUCUCUAAUAGACAGUAGAGCCUUGCAUUUACCUAGAUUGUGCUCUUCAGCUAUCUUUACACUACUGAAAAUAGUGUGGUUUUGGCAGCAUAAACAGAAUUUUCAAAGUUCUAAUGAAAUACCAGACAUUUUUGGAUUUAACAGCUUCAUUAUUGCCAUAUAUUAAUUAAUACAUGUGUAUUAGUUAAGCAAUCAUUGGAUGAUUUCUAAAGGAACGUUGCUUGCGUUUCUUUGACUUUAAUGUUGCUCUUGUACAUUGUAUUAAUAUUGUCUGUGAUGGAUUGGACUUUGUGAUUUUUGCCUUUUAAGAAAAAAGAUAGGACAAAAUAUUUGAGCUAUUAAAAUGUACAUAUUUUGGUUUAUCAAUCUCAAAUUGUUUAAAAUGCAUAAUUCACAUUUUUGUAAUAAUUCUAUGCAAUUUUGUGGCAUGACGUUUCUUCCACUUGUAAUUUUAUGUGCUUUCAUCAACAGUUCCAAAGGAAAAAAUAAAAUUUCUUAA